AUGUCUUUUUACCGCCCCGAUCUCCUCGCACCCUACCUGGCCCUCCCCCAGGGUGAAAAAGUUCAGGCUGAGUACGUCUGGAUCGACGGCGAUGGUGGCCUCCGUUCCAAGACAACGACCGUGACCAAGAAGGUCACUGACAUAGGCCAGCUCCGCAUCUGGGAUUUCGACGGUUCCUCCACGAACCAGGCUCCUGGAACUGACUCGGAUGUCUACCUUCGCCCUGCUGCCAUCUUCAAGGACCCUUUCCGUGGCGGUGACAACAUCCUGGUCCUUGCGGAGUGCUACAACAACGACGGCACCCCCAACAAGACUAACUUCCGCCACCAUGCCAAGAAGGUCAUGGACGAGGCCAAGGAUGUGGUCCCCUGGUUCGGUCUCGAGCAGGAGUACACACUCUUCGACGCGGACGGCACGCCGUACGGUUGGCCCAAAGGCGGUUUCCCUGGUCCCCAGGGUCCCUACUACUGCGGUGCUGGCACCGGCAAGGUAUUCGCCCGUGACCUUAUUGAGGCCCACUACCGUGCCUGCCUGUACGCUGGUGUGAACAUCUCCGGUAUUAACGCGGAGGUUAUGCCUGCCCAGUGGGAGUUCCAGGUCGGCCCCUGCGAGGGCAUCUCCAUGGGUGACCACCUCUGGAUGGCGCGUUACCUGCUUGUGCGCAUCGCCGAGCAGUGGGGCAUCAAGGUCUCCUUCCACCCCAAGCCCCUCCAGGGCGACUGGAACGGUGCCGGCUGCCACACGAACUACAGCACGAAGCCGAUGCGCGAGCCCGGAGGCAUGAAGUACAUUGAGGCUGCUAUCGAGAAGCUAAGCAAGCGUCACAUGGAGCACAUCGCCGUCUACGGCGAGGACAACGACCUCCGUCUUACGGGCCGCCACGAGACCGGUCACAUCAAUACCUUCAGCUCGGGUGUCGCCAACCGCGGUGCUUCCAUCCGUAUCCCGAGACACGUUGGCGCUCAGGGCUACGGCUACCUUGAGGACAGGCGUCCCGCGUCCAACAUCGACCCCUACCGGGUCACUGCCAUUAUUGUUGAGACGACUUGCCUCGACAAGUAG